AUGGCCCAAUUGUCCAAACUGACGACUGGGCUUUUUUUGAGUCUCCGCUCCACACCCAUAUCCUCCCCUCCUCCCAUAUCCACUCCCCCCACCAACUCCCUACCCACCCACCCAACCAACCCCACCACCCCGGCUCACCCCACCAAAGCGCUCGCGCCACCAAAGGACGCCGCCUACAGGUUCCAGCCCUCAAAUGACGCCGCCAAGGUUGCUGCCGCCGAGGUCCCUGCGGCCAAGGCUGCGCCGAGUUGUCAAAGGUCACCGCCAAUGGGGCCAGAACCGCCAAUGUCACUGCCCAACGGGCAGAGCCGCCAAAGGUAA